CGAUAAGUUUCCCAUCACUAGUAUUUUCAUGGGAACGUUCUGUAAAUAUUGUUUUGUUCGGUUAAUUUACUUAUUAAAAUUGUAAAUUCGUAAAGCAAUCAAUUUCGUGACAUGUUAAGAGUGCUGUUUCGGUGUGUUGGUUUGCGGCCAAGAGUCUUUUCCACCGCUAAGGCUAUCGAUAACUCGAGUACGUCAUCGACAAAUCAUUCUACCCCAGGGCCACAACAGUUGAAUGUUAAAGAACUCAAAUAUCCCACCAAGGUACCACAGAAACCACACAUCUCUAGUCUGACCAGUGGAAUCGCUCCUCCCCGUAUUGAGAUAGACGAGGCGACGGUUCAGCUGCUAGAACGACUAUCGCUAGUGGAUCUUGAUAGCAAAGAAGCACACAAAACACUUGAAGAUUCGAUUGAAUUUGCUUCACAAAUUCUUACAAUCGAUACAGAAGGCGUUGAGCCUCUGUACACGGUGCUAGAAAAUCAGAAACUUUACUUGCGCGAAGACGCGAUAACGGAUGGAAAUAUUCAGCAGGACGUCCUAAAGAAUGCUCAGCUUACAGAAGAAGAAUACUUUGUAGCGCCUCCCGGUAACAUACCUCUAGAGCAAAAUCCGGACGAUGAUAAGCGGCAGUAAGAUGGUGUCAC